AUGCCUUCGUAUCACGGUUGGGGGCCAAAUGGCCAACAUUCCCGACUUCCACCUACUCCUCCAGAGUACCAGACCGCCUAUCUCACACCCAUGAGUGCGGUUUCCGAGCAAGGGUUUUAUCCUUCGCAAGGCGUUCACUCCCGUCGGUCCCAUUCGUCACGAGACUAUAACGACCGAUACCAACCUCCACCCGCCUACACUGCUCAACAGUCUCUGUCAGGACAAGUAGCGCGGCUCGGACAUGCUCAACCCUCUCAAGAAUAUCCGUAUCCUCCACCAUAUGCUCAAGCAGGUCCCCAAUAUGGAUAUCCGACCGUCGGUGCACCGCUUCUGCCUCCCAUUCGCGUCAGUGAAGCGAUCGAUUUCCCGGCACACUACGCUCAGCAACAUCCCGAACCCAAACCCAAGGAAGACAAGCCCACAGGAGGCGUGGCGCAACAUUUGGACUAUGACAUGGAUCUGAUGUCCAGCUUUGUUGCUGAGAUGUCCCAAAAACUUGUAACUCCAGAAUCAGCCCCAACAUCUCAGUUUCGCAAAUAUGUCUCUCAAAUCCUCUCGUCCACUCGUCUGCCCAGCUCCACCAUCAUGUUGGGACUAUUCUAUUUGGCAUCGCGGAUGAAGCAAAUCAUUGAGCGCGGCCAGUCGACUUCGUCCUCCGGCACCGUCUACCGUAUGCUCACCACCUGUCUACUACUUGGGAGCAAAUUCCUGGACGACAACACUUUCCAAAAUCGAUCGUGGGCAGAAGUCAGCAGCAUUCCUGUGCAUGAGUUGAACAUGAUGGAACUUCAGUGGCUCACAGACUUCAACUGGGAAAUUCACGGAAUGAUGUACCAGGAAGACGAAGGCUUCUUUAUGUGGGUGGAGCAUUGGCAUGCCUACGAAGAAAAAGCUCAGCUGGCCAAGGUCAAGGAGAUGCACAAGCUAACUCCUAUCGAGACCAACGUUCACCGCACUCACAACGUUCAGCAUCAGCCUCUCAUGUCUCCAGAGGGGCCUAUUCCGCCUCAGUAUCAACAAGGUUCACAGUACGAUACUCGUUGGGUACGACCCUAUAUUUCGGAAUACUCGCCGCCGUCUGCGCCGCACAGUGACCCUUCAACACCUGACUACUAUACUCCUACUUGGCUUUACACAGCAACGGGACCAGCAUAUGGUCGCCAGCCAUAUCAUUCUGGUAACGCCUCGGCGUAUGCAGCGCAACGCAACCAGCUUCCGGCAUACGGUCACACAUAUACCUAUCCUCCGUGUCUUGCACCGACCAACUGGAUUACACAUGGGCCCAACUGCAAUUGCCCUCUUCAUGCGAAGCAUCCGGACUAUUACUUCAGUCAUGCUGGCUAUCCUUUGCAAACCGUGGUAGGUUGA